AUGAUUGUGGGUGUGUGGCGACAGGCGAGCGCGGGCAGCGGCGCACGGCGCGCGGCGUGGCACGCGUCGCUGGGCAUCCCGCACACCUUCCAGGUGCACACGUACACGCGGCCCACCGUGUGCCGCCUCUGCAAGCGCCUGCUGCGCGGCCUCUUCAAGCAGGGCCUGCAGUGCGGCGACUGCCACUACAACGCGCACCGCAAGUGCCUGCCCUUCGUGCCCAAGGACUGCGGCGGGGAGGUGCGCGACAAUCAUGGCGAGAACCAUGACAGCUGCAGCACUAGCAGCGAGGUGUCGGAGCCGCGCGCCGCGCACGACGACGAUUCGGACGACGACCACGACCAGCGACACGACCACGGCCUCGGACGAGAGACGCAGUCCCAGUUGAGGGAGGAGGAGGAUGAGGAGCCGCAGCGCGACGUCAUCCCCGAGCGCGCCGCCAGCCGCCCCAGCAGGUCCAGCUCAUCGUCAUCUCCGAGUGCUAACAUCCCGCUCAUGAGGAUAGUACAAUCUGUGAAACACACGAAAAAAAAUGACGGACAGUGGCUGAAGGAAGGAUGGCUCGUACACUUCACAAAUAAGGAUAAAACUCUGAAGCGGCACUACUGGCGGCUGGACAGCAAGUCGGUGACGCUGUUCACGUCGGAGCACGGCACCAAGUACUACCGCGAGAUCCCGCUCAACGAGAUCCUCGCCGUGGACACGGCGCGCACGCCGCACUCAGAGGUGAUGCACUGCUUCGAGGUGCGCACGGCCAACGUGGACUACCUGGUGGGCGUGGCGGCCGAGGCGCCCGCGGCGCGCGGCGUGGGCGCGCACCUCGCGCGCUCCUGGGAGACGGCGCUGCGCCACGCGCUGCUGCCGCACACGCGCGCCGAGGGCGCGCCGGUGGGCGGCGGUGGCGGCGGCGGGGCGGAGCGCGGCGCGGAGAUGGCGCAGCUGUACCAGAUACACCCCGACGAGGUGCUCGGCUCCGGCCAGUUCGGCAUCGUGUACGGCGGCCUGCACCGCGCCUCCGACAGGCCCGUCGCCGUCAAGGUGAUAGAUAAACUCCGUUUCCCCACCAAGCAAGAGGCCCAACUGAAGAAUGAAGUGGCCAUCCUGCAGAACCUCUCGCACCCCGGUGUGGUCAACCUGGAGAGAAUGUUCGAGACGCCGGAGAGAAUAUUCGUGGUCAUGGAGAAACUGAAGGGAGACAUGCUGGAGAUGAUCCUCUCGCAUGAAAAGGGCAGACUCACUGAGAGGGUCACUAAGUUUUUGGUGGCACAGAUCCUGGUGGCCCUGAAGCACCUGCACGAGAAGAACAUAGUGCACUGCGACCUGAAGCCGGAGAACGUGCUGCUGUCGUCGGACGAGGAGUUCCCGCAGGUGAAGCUCUGCGACUUCGGGUUCGCGCGCAUCAUCGGCGAGAAGUCCUUCCGCCGCUCCGUCGUCGGCACGCCCGCGUAUCUCGCCCCGGAGGUGCUGCGCAACAAGGGCUACAACCGGUCGCUGGACAUGUGGUCGGUGGGCGUGAUCGUGUACGUGUCGCUGUCCGGCACCUUCCCCUUCAACGAGGACGAGGACAUCAACGAGCAGAUACAGAACGCCGCCUUCAUGUACCCGCCCGCGCCCUGGAGGGAGAUAUCGCCCGAAGCGAUUGACCUGAUCAACAACCUGCUGCAAGUGAAGCAGCGCAAGCGGCUGUCGGUGGACAAGUGCGCGGCGCACGCGUGGCUGCAGACGCGGCAGGCCUUCCGCGACCUGCGCGCGCUCGAGCGCCGCGUGGGCGCGCGCUACCUCACGCACCCCAGUGACGACGCGCGCCACGCUGAGCCGUCGCCCCCCGCGUCCCCCGCGCCCGACGCUCCCGCGCCCGCGCCGCGC